UAGCUAGCUGUAGCAGAAUAUACAUACGCGCGCAUGGCGGUCCGCGACGGUGGCAAGCGCACAAGGUUUGCGUGCCUGGAAACUGCGCGCUGUAUGGUGGCCAUAACGGUGAGUGCGAUCACCGUCGCGGUGGUGGUGAUGGUGACCAUCGCCGCCCUCCGCCCUGCGGACUCCUUCAGCCUCUCCGUCGUCAACGGCAUGGACUCGAGCAUUCCGUGGUUGUCGAAGGUGAACUCGUCGUCGUCGUUGGAUGCUGAUGCUGCCACGAACAACACGACGAUGCAGCGGGCAGCAGAGAAAGUGAACCUUACGUUUGCCCUGCGAGCCUACAACCCCAGCGGGCGCAAGGACAUCCGCUUCAGCAACUUCACCGUCCGCGUCACCGACAUGCCCUACUUCCCCAGCUUCGCCAAGAUGAGGGACAUCGCCGCGUUCCCUGUGCCCGCGCCGUUCACCCUGAAGCGGCAGGGUGCGCACAAGCUGUGGAGUAAGUUCUCCCUCAGCGACGCCGGGACGCUGUCCUACGUCGCGCAUACGUACGGGGCGCAGGGCACCUUCAAGGCGAUGGUGCUGGUGAACGCCUCCAUCGGCUCCGGCUCCGGCUCCGGGACCCCGGCGUCCAACAAUGUCACUGUCACGUACUACUGCUGGCCAGUCCUCGUCGGCUGGACUGCGUUCGCCGAUUCACCCGACGGUGGUGUCACAUGCACGCCGAGAAAGGAGCUCAGCGUCGAUGUUGAUUCCCUGCUGCCACGGUCGGCACCGGCGCCGGCUGCGGUCUAUAGUCGUCGUUAGUCGUAAGUUUCCUGGCCCGGCCGUAGAAUCAACAACUCGUGUCACUAAUGUACUACUCUCC